GCUGUAUACAAGUUGGCGACGGUUGCAUGCAAAUGCCAUGGAAUGUCUGGAUCAUGCAGUUUACGCACAUGCUGGACCCAGUUAUCCCCCUUUCCCAGAGUUGGCCAGCGUUUGCAGGAACGAUAUGAAAGUGCAAUUAAGACGUGGCACGCAACUACGACGAGCAAAUCGACAUCUGCGUCAAAUCACGUCAGAUCAUUUGAUUUACCUAGAAGAGUCACCCAAUUUCUGCGCGGUGGAUUCCCUAACAGGAAAAACCUUAACCUCUGGACGUGAAUGCCUGCUUCAGGGACACGCAAAUGAGCGAUGCGCGGUGCUCUGCUGUGGUAGAGGUCACCAAACGUACACCCGCGAAGUACAAGAGCGCUGCUUUUGCCAGUUCCAUUGGUGCUGCUCCGUGGAAUGUCAGACUUGCAGUCGAAAGGAGGAGGUGCACAUCUGCAAUUAA